CCACCACGUAAUCAAUAAUUCAACGUUGCAAGUACGUGAAAAGUACGUGUUUUUGGCAUCUGUAAGUGGGCAACGAAAUUCUCUCGCUCUUGCCUCCGCGUCGCCAUUGGUGUGUACGCAUUGGCAGUGUGGUGCAUCCGUGUGUAAUUUUUUCUGCCCCAUAUGCAAAACAACGCUGGCAAAGGACCCCCAACACGAACAGCAAGAGCCUUUUGAAACCGAGUUAUGAGUGUCGCUGCAAUGACUAUGGACGAUCAGAGACCGCUGAUGAACAGUUACGACAAAAUGUCGACAGCCAAAUACGAGCAAAACAUAAACCUUAUAAGCAGUGGCGCCAGCAGUGGCAUCAGCGCGGGAGGUGUUGGUGGAGGGGGCGUGCCGCCCUCUGGCCCGGCAUCGCCCACACCCUCCGGGUCCGAGGAGUCGCACCACCAUCCGCAUCAUCCGCACCACUCGCACCACCACCAGCACCAUACCCCCAACCAGGAGCAACAGCGCCAACAACUGCAGCAGCAAGAACAACAGCAUGCCGCUGUUGCAGAGGCUGUUGCAGCCGCCGAACAGCGCCAGCGUCUGCUCGAAGAUGAGAUCGAAACCCUCAAGCUGGAGCAGGUACGCAUGGGGCAGAUCUGUGCCGAUGCCCAGCGUCGCGAGAAGAUCCUUAUGCGGCGGCUGGCCAACAAGGAGCAGGAGUUUCAGGACUAUGUGAGCCAAAUUGCCGAGUACAAGGCACAGCAGGCACCGACAGCCCUGGCGUUGCGCACCGCUCUUUUGGAUCCGGCUGUCAAUCUGCUCUUUGAGCGACUCAAAAAAGAGCUAAAGGCCACAAAGACCAAGCUGGAGGAGACCCAGAACGAGCUGUCUGCAUGGAAAUUUACGCCGGACUCCAACACAGGCAAGCGGCUGAUGGCCAAGUGCCGCCUGCUCUACCAGGAGAACGAGGAACUGGGCAAGAUGACAUCGAACGGAAGGCUAGCAAAGCUAGAGACUGAACUGGCCAUGCAGAAGAGCUUCAGCGAGGAGGUUAAGAAAUCGCAAUCGGAGCUGGAUGACUUUCUGCAAGAGCUCGACGAGGAUGUGGAGGGCAUGCAGAGCACCAUAUUGUUUCUGCAGCAGGAACUGAAGACCACACGCGAUCGCAUACAAACGCUGGAGAAAGACAAUGCUCAGCUGAAGCAGGCUCACACGAAGGACGAUACCGUCGCGAUGGCACCACCCACCACCAACGGCACCAACAAGAUGUCGCCGCCACAGACGCCGACUCCCUCGACGAUAGGAAAACUAGAGCCGAUCGACGAGAACGUCGCACUAGAGAGCAAAGCCGCACAUCCCGACUAUUUGAACGGAGAUACCAGGAGCGUUAAUAACAACGAACAAAUUUUGCCCAGCUCUGUUCCCGGAGAGCAUAUUCUGCCCGAUGAUGUGAACAACAGCAAUAGCAACGGUAAUGGGAAUGGAAAUUCCGCGCGAUUGGCACGCAAGAGGAACUACGAAGAGGAGACGACCACGAACAUGGUCACACCGACCCCGACCCCUGUGAGCUACAGUGUGGAGGAAAUGACCACGGUGAGGGAAGUAAGUACACCCAGAAUACUGCCGCCCAAGAAGUCCAAGCUGCGAGGCAUGCCGACGCGACGAAGCUCCCAGUUGGAGGAAGAACUACAUGCAGCAGCGACGGUAGCAGCUACGGUGGCAACGCCACUGAUCCUCGAUAAUUCUGCUACUGGAAUGGUCAGCGAAGAGGCGACGGCUGUUGCACAGCCAACAUUAGCGAGCGUGGAAUCUGGAGCAGUAUGCCCCGAGUCUACUGAAGCGGGAGUAGUGGCGGGGCCUGCCCGCAUCUCGACGCGACGUCGCUCCGUGCGUAUGCAGCAGAACGGUGCCGGACCCUUGGACUACUCGACCUAAGCGGAAUAGGGUCUUUUUCAAAAGGGUCGCGCGCACUUUAUGAUUUUUUUUGUCAUAUUAA